AUGUCGAAAAGUAUUGGGAAAAGGUGUGGUGAGUUCUUGAAUUAUCGAAAAGUCUUCUAAAUCCUUUUUUUUGCAGAAAACUUCAUUCGUUUGUUGAUUACGUGAAAGACUUGCAUGCCAGAAAUUUAUUGAGAAACUCUUUUCCAUCUGAUUUGGGAACUAAAUUCAAUGAUGAAUUAUCGUGAGUUUCCCUGUUUGUCUAUAGAAGAAAAAUCAAUUGUUUUAAAGUUCUCUUCCACCAUACGCAUAUGCAGGCUUCGAUCCAACCGCAGAAUCUCUCCACGUUGGCAACUUGCUAAUAUUAACGAAUCUAUUGAGAGUUCAACAAUUUGGAAUACAACCAAUUGCUUUAAUCGGUGGAGCUACAGCCAGAAUUGGCGAUCCGAGUGGCAGAACAACAGAAAGAAAUACAAUUUCAGAAGAUAUUGUUGAAAACAAUGCGAAAAGUGUGACGAAUCAAGUUUUGUCGAUCUUUGAAAAUGCCACAGAUCAAAAACCGAUUAUUGUCAAUAAUUAUGAAUGGUUCGGAAAUAUGGGAAUGAUUGAUUAUCUUAGAAAUUGUAAAAAGAUGCAAUUGGGUGAAAUGUUGAGGAUGGGUGCAGUGAAAUCAAGAAUGGAGUCCGGUAUUUCAUUUACCGAAUUUAGUUAUCAAACAAUGCAGGCUUACGAUUGGUAUAUGUUGGAUAAUAAAUAUGGAUGUAGAUUUCAACUUGGCGGAUCGGAUCAAUUAGGCCAUCUUGAUUUUGGUGCACAUAAUAUCAAACGUCUCACAAAUCACUUUGCCGCAGGAGUUUGUUUACCUUUACUAGUUGAUUCAGCAGGUAACAAACUUGGAAAAUCCGUUGGAGGCGGUUCACUUUGGCUAGACUCCAAGAAAACUUCACCAUAUCAUUUUUAUCAAUAUUUCACACAAUUACACGACGAUAAAGCAGAAGAGCUACUUCUACAGCUUAGUUUACGAUCUAUAGAUGAAGUCACAGGUAUUGUUAAGGAGCAUCGAAAUUCUCUUGGAAAACGAGUCGCACAAAUCGAGAUUGCUGAAGAAGUAACGAAAUUGGUUCACGGAAAAAUUGGUUUAGAUUCUGCGAAGCGAUGUACAAAUGCUCUUUUUGGAGGGAAAAAUGCAGAUUUUUCAAAUCUUCAAAAAGAUGAAAUUUUGCAACUUUUCGGUACUACUGUAGAUUUGAGAAAUGUUGAGACAAUUGGACAACUUGCUGAUUUAACAAGAACAGAUAAAGUUAAAGGAAGUGAAUUAAUGAAAAAAGGAGCAUUUUCAGUGAACGGAAUGAAGGUGGGUUGUUAUAUUUUUUUGUGAGAAGAAAUGUAAAAAUUUGAAUUUUCAGAAGUUGGAUCCCGCCGAAAAACUCGAUAAUUCACACCAUUUGCCAAAUAAUCCUGGACUAACCUUAGUUUGCUGGGGAAAACGAAAAUAUCAAUUGGUUCGAUGGAUUUAGAAAAAAUAUUCCAAUUUAGGAUAGUUCAUUUUUAGGUAGUUUAAAAUAAAUUAUUUUGUUUUUUUUUUUUGAAUAUUUUUUUCUUAAUCAAUCGUUUAAACGAUUUCAAAUAUUUUUGUGAUUUUUUUUAUUGAAUUCUUAAAAAGUUUCUAUGUCCUAUUUUUUGGGUCAGAAAGUUUUUAAUUUUACUUUUCCCAAAGUCUCAGGUACUUUCGAAUUUUAUUUGGCUGAAAAUAAUUAUUUUUGAGUCAAGCCAACUUUGUCCUCUGUAAUUUCUUCUCCCUUUUCAAUUUCCUCUAAAAAUCCUAGUUUCUUCUAGUCUGCUCCAUAUUUGUAUAUGAGUGGAGCCGCGCAUUCUAAACUUCAAAAGCUUGUUCUCUCCACAUAUCGCGAUUUCUUACGUGCUUCUCGCAAUCAACAUCCUAGCAUCCGAACGCACAUUCGACAAGAGUUUCGUGCUUCCGCAACACGUUUUGAUAAAUCCGAAGUUCUCAUCAUUGAGCACUUUUUAAGACGAAGUCAAAGACAAUUGGAAACUAUAAGAAAAGGACAAAUCGAGAAGAUUUCUGUUGUUGAAAAUCACAAAAACUAA